CUGUGGUAUUUACUGCAGGGACUGCUGACAUUCAGGGAUGUGGCCAUAGAAUUCUCUCAGGAGGAGUGGGGACGCCUGACCCACACUCAGUGGGAACUGUACAGGGAUGUGAUGUUAGAGAACUAUGGAAACCUUCUCUCCUUGAGUCUUGUUGUGUCAAAGCCAGACCUGGUCAUCUUUUUGGAACAAAAGAGAGAGCUCUGGGAUGUGAAGGGAAAGGAGACAGUAGCCAUCCACCCAGGUAGGUGGGAAUGA